UCCUUCAAUACGUGGACGAGUUUGGAAAUGCCUCCUAAAUAUCGACAGUCUCCGAGCUGCCAGCUCUUUUGAUUAUGAGGCAUGUCAGACUGAGAUCCGUAAACCUCUAGUUGAUCUUGGAGUCAGUGAGUACAGUAUCAUCCCUACUAUAGACUCUCUAGUGGAUACAGAGAAUGAGAUCAGCAGUGGACAGGCAUCAGAUCUCCCCAGCGCUGACCUGACGCUCUUCAAACAGAUCGCCCUCGACCUGCGAAGGUCAUUUCCGACCCAUCGCACUCUAAUGGGGGACCGUCCAGAGGCUAUUGAGGGCCAGGCCAAACUUUUCCGAGUUCUUACCGCAUUUGCCCGAUACAAUCCCCAGAUUGGAUACGUACAAGGGAUGUCCUAUAUAGCUGCUGUGCUCCUGAUGAUCCUGUCUGAGGAGGAGGCUUUCUGGGCUCUGGUUGCUCUGUUAGAGAAGCCCAAGUAUCUCUCAGAGCUCUUUGAUUCUUCCCUGAAGAAGAUUCAGCAUCAUGCUUUGGUUUUUCAUCAGCUCCUGAAGCACAGGAAACCUCUGCUCUUCCAGCACUUGGAGACUCUUGGGGUGUCUUCUCUACAUUUCAUCAUGCAGUGGUUUCUCACUCUCUUCACCUCGCUGCCGUGCUGGGACUCAGUAUUGGCCAUUUGGGAUCUUAUCAUGCUGCAUGGUCUGCAGGCUGUAUUUCGCACCGGCCUCACCAUCAUCCUGCUGCUCGAGUCUCGUAUCAUGAACAUGACCGAGGAGACCACAGUACUACCAAUUCUGCUGCGAGUGCCUGUGGACGUCUCCCAGCAUCGUGUCCUGAUCCCGGCCCUCUGGAACACGGACGUUCAGGAGUGGGAAAUCAACUGCAUGAACCACCUGGUCUUGGAGGAGGUCGGUGGCGGUCAGGAUGAAGAGAAAGUGAAAAAAGAAAGCGCAAAAGGCUGUACAAGUUCUCUCAGUGAUGGACAACAAGAUGAAAAACCUUCUCAAGAAGUUGCCAGGAACACUUCCAAGAAAGCGGCUCCUGGCUCUAGCGCUAAGAAUGUUUUCACACGGCUGCUGAAAGUGGCUCAGCAUUACCUUUUGGAAUCAGGCAAGUACAAUGCAGCUGCCAGAUCUUCUCCUUCCAAGAGGACCCCUGCCCUCGGCCUCCUACCCAAAACCAAAACCAGAACCUCCAUCUCCUUCACUCAGGCACAGGGUCGAACCAGGAGGAGCAGUAGCAGGCGUUCCCAGAAUUCCACUCUGGGUGGGGUCAAGAAGGAGCAGCUCACUUCUCAAGAUUCAGAUGGAGGUGCCACUGAAGACAGCUCCAGCUCUUCGGCCUGGUGUGUGAGGUCAGGGCCCGUGGGUAAAGUGGCUCGCAGAAGGAGCCGAGGUCAGUCCGGACGAGGAAGUUCCCUCCUGCUGAAAAAUCGCUGUUCUAGAUCUCAACAGACAGCAGCUCAAACGUUCGAGCGGCCGGAGAGCAGCAAGACUGGUGAAUGUCAAGAAACCCAAAGCAGGCAUGUGGCGCUGAACGAGAGAAACUUCAUCACCUGCCCAAUGACAGCAAGUCAAGUGCGAGAAUCACAGCUAAUUUGAGCCCUCGAGGAACUGGUCACGGAACAAAAUGUGCUCACUUCAUAACUGCUCAAUGAAACACAGUCAUUUGACAAAUAAAGCAGGCCCUGCCUGACUCCUCCUUCACUGUCUCUGACCACGUAUUGCUGAUAUGCAUUACCAGCUUUACAUAAGGUACAUCUGUUCAUGUAUGAAUGUAGGAUUCUCAAAACCUAUUAUUCAGUCAAUAAUUUAGGGAAUGUCCGUAUUUUAAUGUAGCUUUUAUAUUCAUUUAAUAA